CAAAAACUACCCAAAACUACCGUAUGAUAUGAUCGUCUCUCUAUAACACAUGAAACUUUAAGCUUGUUUUUUCUUUGACCUACGAUAAUUCCUAUCUUGUCCAAAGAACGCAACUCUCUUCGUAUUUCGCUCAAUUCAGGGCCACUAUCCAACGCACAUUUACUUCGGAACAGGCCUUCAUGCGCCCACGUGAUUCUCACAGAGGCGGCGAUGGCGUCAAUAUGUCUACGCGUCUAAUUGGUAUCGCGGAAAAUCAAGAGAGAUUUUUUGGUUCCAAGUACGUAGAAUUACCCAAGAAGAAGUUUGAGAGCCUUCAAAAAUGGUCAGAUUGGGCGGAAGCGGACGAUCUGAGAUAUGCGGUGAAAAGAGGGGUUGAUUUUAUGCGGGAUGUGGAGCGCUGUAUCUCUGGCGAGCUUAGGCUUCUUCUUGAAAUGAGCGGCGACGAACUGCCAGAAAAAUUGUUCUCUAGAUUGGAUAUAGACGAUAUACCAGAUCUUCGAGCAUAUUGGGAUAGAGGAGAUCACCCAGAUGGGCUCAAAGAGACACAUGCCCUUUUCAAAGCUGGCAAAUUACCUCCUCCAGAGGAUGUUGUUGACAGUGGUUCUGGUAUGUUAGGAUACUCUGAUAUUGCUUUCGCUUUAUAACGAAUAUGUCUAGAACGACCCAGAAAGCGAGCAAGGAAGCAGAAAUCAUCGACAGAAGUUAACUCAGAGCUCAAAUCCAGUAUGAAUCUAAAUUUCGGUUCCCUUUUACAGAAGAGAGGGUUAUACUAACCAACUAAGAAGUCUCAGUAAAUUUAGAGCCUGCGCACAUACUCCGCUUCCUUGCGGAAUUUCCAGGACUAUACCCGUCUGCAGAGAUGCAAUGUCCUUUUCCCCCGGAAGCUCGCCCGUCCGUCGAGAUCAGAUACCAAAUCCCGUUUUCGACAGAUUUUGAAUUCGUUAAGAUGGAACUUUCUCAUGGGUUGUGUACGAAGAUUGUUGAGAAUCACCGUAGAAAUAACUAA